AUUUGGGUGACGUUCGAUUUUCUUGAUAUGAGCAAGUAAAACACGGACGGUAUUUUCACGCCGUAAAAAUUGUUUUUCAUAAAAUAAAAGUGCAUAUAAUUAAAUUAUAUCAGUUGAAGUUGAGACAGAAGUGAUAAAACAUCAAAAUGCCUUUGAAACUAGACAUUAAACGUCGCUUAACUUCACGUUCUGACCGUGUUAAGUGUGUCGACAUACAUCCAACAGAACCAUGGAUGUUGUGUGCCCUAUACAAUGGCCACGUACACAUCAUGAAUUAUGAGAACCAACAAUUGGUCAAAGAUUUCGAAGUAUGUGAUGUCCCCGUUCGUUCCGGAAGAUUUGUGGCCAGAAAAAACUGGCUUAUUACUGGUUCCGAUGACAUGCAGAUCCGUGUUUUCAAUUACAACACCCUCGAAAAAGUUCACUCAUUUGAGGCACAUUCUGAUUAUAUUCGCUGCAUUGCCGUUCAUCCAACACAGCCGCUUAUAUUGACGAGCAGCGAUGACAUGCUUAUCAAAUUGUGGAACUGGGAGAAAAUGUGGGCUUGUCAGCGUGUUUUUGAAGGACACACCCACUAUGUUAUGCAAAUCGUAUUUAACCCCAAAGAUAACAAUACCUUUGCUUCAGCAUCAUUAGAUCGUACCGUCAAAGUCUGGCAAUUGGGAUCGAACUUUGCCAAUUUCACAUUGGAAGGGCACGAGAAAGGUGUGAACUGCGUUGACUACUACCAUGGAGGUGAUAAACCUUACUUGAUAUCGGGUGCAGAUGACCGUUUUGUUAAAAUUUGGGACUACCAAAAUAAGACAUGUGUACAAACAUUGGAGGGACACGCUCAAAACAUAUCGGCUGUGUGUUUCCAUCCGGAAUUACCUAUUGUAUUGACUGGUUCCGAAGAUGGUACAGUACGUAUUUGGCAUUCGGGCACUUAUCGUUUGGAGACCUGCUUGAAUUAUGGUUAUGAACGUGUAUGGACAAUUGCUUGUAUGCGUGGCACUAACAACGUAGCCUUGGGUUAUGAUGAAGGUUCCAUAAUCAUCAAAGUAGGUAGAGAAGAACCAGCCAUGUCCAUGGAUGUGAUCGGCAGCAAAAUAAUUUGGGCAAAACAUUCAGAAAUGCAACAGGUGAAUUUGAAAGCCUUGGCCGAUGGCACUGAGAUAAAGGAUGGCGAGCGUCUACCAGUUGCCGUUAAAGAUAUGGGAGCCUGCGAAAUUUAUCCCCAAACAAUAGCUCACAAUCCCAACGGCCGUUUCGUGGUCGUAUGUGGUGAUGGAGAAUAUAUUAUAUACACAUCCAUGGCCUUGCGUAAUAAGGCUUUUGGUUCGGCCCAAGAAUUUGUCUGGGCCUUGGAGAGCAAUGAGUAUGCGAUUCGCGAAAGCAGUGGGACCGUACGCUUGUUCCGCAACUUUAAAGAACGAAAAAGUUUCACUCCUGAGUAUGGAGCAGAAAAUAUCUAUGGAGGUUAUUUGUUUGGUGUAAAGACAUCUUCAGGUUUGGCCCUUUACGACUGGGAAACACUUACACUUGUUCGCCGAAUUGAGGUGCAGCCACGCCAUGUUUUCUGGAAUGAGGCUGGCACUUUGGUGUGUUUGGCUACAGAAGAGUCUUUCUUCAUAUUAUCCGUAGACACUGGAGCCAUAUCUACCGUUUUAGAGACUAAGCAGGACUUAGAAGAUGAUGGCAUCGAGAGUGCAUUUGAUGUUUUGGGCGAAAUUAAUGAAAUCGUAAAAACAGGACUUUGGGUAGGCGAUUGCUUUAUCUAUACCAAUUCUGUAAACCGCAUUAACUACUAUGUGGGUGGUGAAAUUGUAACAAUUUCCCAUUUGGAUCGCACCAUGUAUUUAUUGGGCUAUGUUCCCAAGGACAAUCGUCUUUACUUGGGCGAUAAAGAAUUAAAUGUUAUAUCUUUCCAACUGCAACUUUCCGUCUUGGAAUAUCAGACAGCUGUUAUGCGUCGUGACUUUGAGCGUGCCGACUUGGUGUUGCCUACCAUUCCCAAAGAACAUCGCACACGCGUGGCCCAUUUCCUGGAAAAGCAAGGAUUCAAAUCGCAAGCUUUACAGGUCUCCACCGAUCCAGAUCAUAAAUUUGACUUGGCUUUGCAAAUUGGAGAAUUGGACAUAGCCGUUAAAUUGGCGCGUGAAGCAGAAAAUCCCCAAAAAUGGUCCCAAUUGGCCGAUGUGGCCUCACGAAAGAAUAAUAUGGCCUUAGUUAAAGAAUGCAUGCAAAAGGCAAAUGACUUCAGCGGAUUAUUGCUGUUAGCCACGGCUUCCGGCGACCAAAAUAUGCUGAAGGAACUGGGAGAGAAUGGUUCCGCCCAAGGCAGGCAUAAUAUUUCAUUCCUGUCGGCAUUCUUGCGUUCGGACGUUGAGCGUUGCCUUGAAAUACUUAUCGAAACGAAUCGUUUGCCAGAAGCGGCUUUCUUUGCCCGCACAUACAUUCCCAGUCAAAUGUCACGCAUAGUUGAGCUCUGGCGUGAAGAACUGACAAAAUUCAACGAGAAAGCUGGCCAGUCAUUGGCUGAUCCAGAAAAAUAUGAAAAUCUCUUUCCCGGACUUGGCGAUGCCUUGCAAGUUGAGGAAUAUUUGAAACAAAAAGAUCGACAAACAUUGCCAGCUCACGCUGCGGCGACGUUGCCAUUAAAUAUUGAUCGCAAUCCUUUGGAAGAAAUGCAACUGGCUCAGCAAAAGGGUAUAUAUGAAAGUAAUGCCAAAGUCGGUGUCCAAGACUACAAGAAGAGUGACGAUUAUCCAGUAUCAUCAGCUUCUGUUACAAGCGCACUUAAAAGUGGCCCACCGACAUCGUCAGCAUUUGCUUCGGCUCUACCGUCUUCAGCAACAGUGCCGCCUUCCACCGAGGAUGAUGAUGACUUGGACUUGGAAAUUGAUGGCAUAACAUUGGAUGAUAAUAUUGACACAACAGAUGUUAACCUAGACGAUGAUUUUUUAAGUGAUGAUUAAGUUAUUUUCCCAUUGUAAUACUAUAUACAAAAUUCCCUGUUUCCCCUCCAUUUUUCUAUGUUUGUCAGAUCAGAAGGUCUAGGACCUACUCAUCUAUAUGUAUGUGUGUAUUUCUUACUUUGGGGAAAAUCCAUCUAUUUCUGUCGAAAUCGAACUUUUAAAAAGAGAAUCAACCCAUUUAACAUGUAGUGCAACAAAUCUCCCUUGUAGUUAUUAUUUUAUUAAAGAAGGGAACACUAGCAUUUUUCAAAUAUGUUAUUUUUUUUUUUUCAACUAUAUGAAACUACUUUAACGAAAAAUAUGUAAUUAAUUAUUAUUUUAUUAUAAUAAAUAUGUCAUUAAGCAAAA